AUGUUCUGGAGGUAUCUAACCCAAGACUUCAAGUUAGAGAUUAUUGGAUUGAAGACAUCUUGGAUAUGGAAAGCUAAGUUUAAUUGUUUAAGUGUGGACUCGAGGAUGAGAUCAACAGGGGUUGCUCUAGCUUCACGAUGUGAUUGUUGUGAUACUAGACAAGUGGAAACACUUGAUAAUGUGCUCAAUUCUGGUAAUAUUGCCAAAAUAGUUUGGAAAUGGGCCUCUUUGGCCUUGGGAGUGCACUACUUGGAAGCACAAUUAUGGUGGACUAGAGUUAAUCGAUGGUUUACACGUGCUAAAAAGGUUUCACAGCGUGUAAUUUUAAUCGGGCUAUUACCAAGUUUGAUAACAUGGAAGCUUUGGGGACGUCGAUGCAAGGCACGUAUGGAAGGGAAUCGAGAAUCUGCAGAGGAGGUAUGGUUUGCUAUAAAGGCUUGGUUGCGUCUCCUUGUUGAAGAUAUAGUUAAAGUUUCAAAGCUAAGCAACACAAACCAUGAAUUUCUCAAAGCUUUAGAGCUGCUUGUGGUUUCUAAGCUGAGUAAACCAACUCUUUUUGUUUCUUGGAGGAAAGCUACUGCUGGUUGGGUAAAACUCAAUGUAUAUGGGAGUUCUGUUGGCUAUCUUGGACCUUAUGGAGGCGGGCGAGUGAUUAGGGAUCAUUGUGGAAAUUUGGUUGCUAGUUUCUGUGUUAAAUAUCGUCAUGGAAGCAACAAUGAAGAGGAAUUGCGUACUGUCAUUUAUGGGGUAGAGCUAUGUAAAGGGAUGGGUUUUCAACGGGUUGAGAUUGAGUGUGAUUUAGCAGUAGUGGUAAAUUGGUUAACACACAGUUUAUGUAAGAUUUGGUACUUGUGGGAUUAUUGGGAUGAGUUAUUAAAGUUGCUUAGCGGCAUCAGUGUCACUAUCUCUCAUCAGUAUGGAGAAGCUAAUAGAGCAGCAGAUCUUCUAGCCAGACAAAGGGUGGAUGGCCUCACGAAGAGAUACAUGCACUUAGACCAAAUACCAAAACUGUUAAGAGGCAUUGAAAUGGUCACAUGGUUUAAUGAAGUUUCUGCAGUUGUGUUGGUUGAACUUUCAGCAACAAAUAAAUCUCUUUAUGUGAAAAAACCAGAUUGUUUAGCUUCAGGCAACACACAUUCAUUCCCCAACAUCAAUACUAGUGAAGACAUGCUUGGCCUAUCUUCUGGACAUUGUUGA